GCAAAAAAGAAGGGGGCUCGACGCUCACUUAGCAAGGGGAAAAACAGCCUUAAUCAAAUCAAUGGGGUAACUGUCAAAAGGGGAGUUAUCUUUCGGGGGUAUUAUAACAUAACUGUAUACCUGGGAAGUAGCACCUUUGGAGAUAUCGUCAGAUACCAGAUGAUGUCAUUCUGGUGUCUUACAUCGUCAGAACUUGGAUUUUGUUUGUUGAGUGCCGCAGCAGUCGUUACCAUUGGUGGAGUCUUGAGACAUGGUUUAUGGAUGCUUCCUAUACGUAGUGCAUACGAGACGAAAUGAGUCAGCGGUGUACUGCCGACAGCUGCCCCUUCUUGCAACAGUGAAAUAAACCCGGUUUGUUACUCGUAAACUCCCCCUGCGCCCUGAAACAGACACACACAAGGCAAGAAAUGUGUGACUAAAGCCAGGGAAGAAAAGUUGAAGAUUUGGGGGAGGCCAUGUUUAUUUUUGCCGUCUCAUGACGGCAAUGCGACGAAACAUCCCUCGCUCACAUCAAACUUGGAAUCUAAUACUUUGGAUUUAACUCUGAGAGGAAAUCUUGUUGCUUUUACUUGGGGCAGAGAUGAGCGGGAAAACUCUUCUUCAGUCGACGCACUUGCCGGUUCAUGACCAGCUGACGAGAGAGGUGCGCACAUUCAGCAACGCAGUGCGAUGGCACAAAUUGGCGAGGAACUCGAGUCGUAUUGGGUUUGGUGCAGAACUCCAGAGUAAAACUGCUCAUGAUGCAAUCCUCAGACUCAAUGAUCAAGAACUACGUCUCAUGGAAACACUAAAGCGCGUUGUGGCUCAUCGGAUGAGAGCGGACAAAGACUACGCAACGGCCCUGCAGACCAUCGGUAACCUGGCAACCAAAUUUGAUACCGACGCCCAGUUAUCACACAACAACAGUCCUUUACUCAAGGCAUGGAAUCACCUGAUCGAGGAAACGGACAGAAUAUGUAAGUUGAUACGGAGUAAUGCAGAGGAGAUUCAGAACAUAAUAGAGAAGCUUACAAUGCUCAUCAAAGACAAGCAAGAAUCCAAACGUCAGUACAUGCAGGAGCGAACCAGGAUAGACUCAGAGUUUAUGAAGGCAAGGAGAGAGGUGGAUGAAAACUUAAGUACUUACAAGAAAUCAGCUCGGGAAGCGAGGGAGAGUAAAAGCAAAUAUGAAGAACAGCUCCAGAAAGGUAACAAAGUCAAAGACAUUGACAGAGCCAAGGAAAAGUACAAGAAGUGUGUGAUCAAACUGCACAAGGCACACAACGACUAUGUCCUGUCGCUUCGGGCGGCAGGGUUACACCAAGAGCACUACCGCAACAACAUCCUUCCAAGGCUACUCGAAUGUUUGCAGCAGACGCAAGAGAGCCAGGUCGCUCAGAUCAAGCAAGUGAUGGUAGAGCACUGUAACCUGAUCAACUCCGCAUCUGGGAAGUUUCUCUCCUACUACAACAGCAUCAUGCAGAAUAUGGUGGAGAUAAGACCAGAGAAGGAAUACAACAGCUUCGUGGAAAAUUACAGAAUGGAGCCCCCUGCCAUGGAGACGUUCUCCUUUGACCCCUCACCCUCAGAAGACUUUCCCGAUGGCCUCAAAGAAAACACUAUAGUACUUGACACCCUCACAAUUGAAGCCAUUCAACACUCGCAUUCAUCAUUAGAUGAGCAGCUAAAGAACACGAGAGAAAAACUAUCAUCCAAGAAACAGGAACUCAAGAACCUUGAUGAGGAAAUACGAGCUAUCCCACCCUCGCCCAAAGAAGAGGGCGCUGUACUAGACCUGUUGUCCAAACAGAAGCAGUACCGGGACGCGAGUCGGGAGAUCCAGGAGCUACGGUGUCAAGAAGCCAAACUUGCUACUCAGUACUCUAUGCUUGAUGCCAAGCUGGGGGAGAUGGGGGACGAGGACAACCUCCCGCCCGGCAUCAUCUUCCCUGAAGGAGGUGGCACAGGGACGCUCUCCACACGGAGCACCAUACAGAGUCCUAACCUCAACUCAAGCACAGAUUCAACAACAGAGCAGAAAAGUAUGAGGUCUCACAUGGCAAAGAUGACCAAGAUCUUCAAAGGCAGAGGCCAUGACAGCUCACAUGAGAGGGAACCAUGGUUAUGGUACAGAAGACAGACUAAUCAGUCGAUGAUGGCAGUGAGUGUGAAGCCAAGCAAUAACCAACCUACAGAGCUCCCCCUCGAGGAGGAAGAAUUCUACCACGGGGCGUUACCGAGGAAAGAAACAGAAAUGUUACUGGUCAACGACGGGGAUUUCUUGGUUAGAGAGAAGAGCGAUGCCUGGGGACGCUAUGUCCUGUCUGCAAAGCAUGCUGGGAAGGUUAGACACUUCCCCAUCCAGAUAAACGAUGAGAAUAUGUAUCGCCUUGAGGGUGAUGCUUUCCCAACGGUGGGAGAACUCAUCCGCUUCCAGCUGAACAGUAGACAGCCAGUUACCAAGGCAUCACAGGCCAUACUCCUCAACCGGGUGUGUCGGGUCAGGAACGAACACGAUCUGAGACACGAGGAAAUUGAUCUAGAGGAGAAGCUGGGAGCGGGUCAUUUUGGUGACGUCCAUCGAGGAAGGAUAAAGAGGUCCCAGCUUGCUGUAGCGGUCAAGACGUGCAAAGAGACGGUUGACGCGGCAACCAGGAGGAAGUUCCUCCAAGAGGCUAAUAUUCUUAAACAGUACGACCACGCCAACAUUGUCAAGCUCAUCGGAGUCUGCACUGACAAGCAUCCUAUCUAUAUUGUCAUGGAACUCGUGCCUGGUGGUGACCUGCUAUCUUUCUUGAGGAAUGAUCAGAAUGAACUUUCCACCAAGCAACGUGUCAAGAUGGGUGAAGAUGCUGCCUCUGGGAUGGCCUAUCUGGAGUCUAAACAGUGUAUACACAGAGAUUUGGCUGCCAGAAACUGUCUGGUAGGAAACAAGAAUGUCAUUAAGAUAAGUGACUUUGGUAUGUCAAGAGAAGAUGACGUCUACACGAUACGUGAGGGCGCUAUGAGGCAAAUUCCUAUCAAAUGGACCGCUCCGGAGGCUAUGAACUUUGGUAAAUACACAUCUAUGUCUGAUGUUUGGAGCUUUGGUAUUCUCCUAUGGGAGAUAUUCUCAAACGGGAGUACACCAUACCCUGGCAUGACGAAUAAUGAAGCUAGGGAGAAAGUGCAGCAAGGUUACCGGAUGCCACCACCAGAUAACACCCCUGAGGAGGUUAGGAUACUGAUGGAGAAUUGCUGGAAGAUGGUGGAUGAGGACCGGCCAAAGUUCAAAGACGCUCAGUCGAGCCUCAAGAGGGCUCAUAAGUCGGUGCGGUAAUGGUACGCAACAUCUGAGGGCGCCAAGAACAUGUCCUCGAUUUAGGAUGUCUUUUGUUGAUUUUGUCAUAUUUUCCCGUGCAC